CUUGACGCACCUUCACCGACGCUGAUAACGGCGAGCUUCCCCUCCGCGAGCUGUUCUCGAGGCUUGGCGCCACCAGCUCUUCUCGACCUCCCGCCACCGCUGCCGCCGCCGACGGCCGCGCAACGUCACCCGCCAUGGCCUACAAGUCCAAGUACCACGACGACUCGGACGCCGACGACGAGUACGAGCGCAGCGUCAUCCAGAGCCCGACCCUGCCUGUAGACAUGUACGACGAAAGCUCGCCGACGUCCUCGGGCCCGCUCAGCACAGAGCACACGCCCACGACCUUUACCCACUCGAGGGACAGCAAGGGCAGUCCCACCGGCCUGAUCACGGACUGGACAGCAGCGCAGUGUGGCGAGUUCAUAUCUGGCUUGGGGCUGGAGCAGUAUGCGAGCACAUUUGUUGGCGAGGCACUGAUAAUCCUGCAACAUGCCGAGCUCAAAGAGAUGGGCCUGAACAGCGUGGGCCACAGACUCACCAUCCUCAAGGCCGUCUACGAGACCAAGGUCAAGCAGAACGUGCCGAUAGAGCCCGACGACUACGUUCCUCUAUCCGCAGACACAUCGGCCCAAGAUGCACCGCCCACGCAAGACGACCUGGCCAAAGUGAUACGCGUGGUCCAGGCGCGGGACGAGCGGAUACACUACACCGAAACCGAGCUACGGCACUUGAGGGACGACUUCAUCAAGCUGCAGGAGGAGAACAAGCGCCUCCGAGAGGAGAUCUUGCCGUUCGUCCGCAUGUACAAAGACAGUCAGCAACCGUUACCCACUCCUCACGAUCAUGUUGUCACAUCGCCCCCGGCAGCAGAGCAGAGGUCGGGAAGCAGUCUGUCACGUAAGUUCUCCACCAAGAGGCUUUUCCUUGCUUCCGGUCCGAAGAACCCCUCUCCGACUAUCCCGGAGGGGCGUGCCUUGGUCGACAACUCGUCUCUAGAUCCUUCAGCGGCAGCUCUUGCAGCUUCCUCACACCUCACAGCGUCCAUCGCCGGGGGCCAGCAGAUGUCUCCCAACUCCGCACCGCAACCCUCGCCUACGUCUCCCGCGUACUCGCAGAAUCAGUCCCGCUACAAUCGCUCGGACAUGCCCCGCAGCGGCCACCCCGACCACGAGAGCACCCCGAACUGGUCUCAGACGAACACCUGGGCUUCAGACACCACGGCCGUAACCGAACGAAACCGCGACGCCCGCGCGACGCCUGCCCCACUGUCUUCACGGCCGAUGCGGAACAAUGCGCAACCGACGCCGAAUCCCGACGACCGCGAGCCGCCGCUAUCUGGAGGUUCCACGAAUACCUCCGCGCCUGCACAAACACCGUCUACGAACCCGCAAGUUGAAAUCUUCAAGUCCUUCCGCGUCUCGAUUGAUGAUCCGUGCCACAAGGUGCUCCCGGUUGCGCUCAAGAAGUACAAUAUCACGGCAGAUUGGCGGCAAUAUGCGCUCUAUAUCGUGCACGGGGACCAGGAGCGGUGCUUAGGACUGAACGAACGCCCUCUGAUACUGUUCAAGCAACUUGAUAAGGAAGGCCGCAAGCCCAUGUUCAUGCUUCGAAAGCACGCCGCACCCGCUGAAGGCCACGUGAGCACCGUCGGAGGCAACGACGUGAGGAGUGUUGGAAGCGGAGGAGGCUUUGGCUGGGAUGGUGGGAACAGGGGUGUGCAGUUGCCGGGAGGUGUAUUGUAAGUUGAAAAACUGCGCAUUUGCCUGCACCACCGCUAUCUUUAUUCGUUUUGAAGAUGUUGUUCAAGAGGAGGUUGGAUACUAAACAAGACUUGCAUUAGGUAUCGCGCACUUAUCGGCGACACCGCCCUUGCGCGAAACUUUGCAGCGAUCCUCGCAGGUGGAUCCGGAGGAUCAGGUCAAGAU